ACGCGGGUGUUCGGCGACCGGCGGGUUAUGUACGGUGAUCGUGAACCUCUAGGUAGUACUACAUGAACGGAGGGAAAGCACAGAAGUAGCAGACAAAACCGGACCAACAAGCGGUCGCUAGCGCGGUAUAUGUACGCAGUGUACGCGCGACAAGACGCAAUCAAUCACGCACAUCACGCUGAAAGGGACACUACCACCAGACCACAGUUCCAGUUUGUGUGUGCCGCGACUAUCACAUUCGCUCCAGAUCUGUCAUAUCCAUGCAAGUCGUCUCACUCACACACCCUCACAUAAACAAUCGUUAGAUAUGGAGGACUGGAGCGGAGAACAGGGGCGACAGGGACAUUAAAGCACGAGCAUAUCCCUACCCUGCUUAGCGCACCGGUGGCGCGGUGUCGUGCGCUCGUCAGCUGGCGACAACGAUCGCGCACACUGGUGUGUGGCAGUGGCGCACAAACGUCCUACACACUCGCGCACCGGAGCGCACAGAUCGGUACAGCCGCGCGGCAAAGGCACACACUACGGGACCGCGGGCCCGAACUGCCCAGUCCAGUUUGAUUAGAACAAUUUGGAUGAUAACAGUCCAUUCCCGAUCCGACGGCUGAUUCGGAUGAUUCGGGCUAAUCUGAUUACUCGAUUCCCGUGCUGCCAGCCGAUCGGUACCGCAUCGAACGCUCCCGGAACGUCGGAACGUGCGCGUGAAUCCUGUAGUGCCACCGUGGUUGAGUGUGAUCCUGAGCGCGGCGUGAGAAGAAAGAGAAACGAAAAAGUAACACGCAAAAGCAAUCUGGGGGAAAAAAACAGCGGUGCGUGUGAUCGGCAACAAAAAGGAUAUCUUAGCCCAGUUAGCGACUUGCGUAGAAUUCAAAGUUACCGACGGAUGACAUCAGAGUGGUGACCGCCGCGUGCGUACGCGGAUAUCAAUUGGAUUAAAGGCAUUAAAUUGAACGCAGCACAUUAGCGCAAACAUUGCCCUUCCCCAGCGGUGUGGCCCGCCGAGGCGUCCACCAUUACAAGUGAUUUAUUCGAAUUAUGAGCCGCAAAAAGUUGCGCUCCACGGUCGCCGCUUAACGAUCGUGCCUCGAUUCCGGUGUUUCGGUGUGCGCAAGGUUUGGUGUGCGGUUCCCAAGGUUUUGGUGCGCGGGAAGUGCCGUUUACUGUUUGGUGUGAGUGAAUAAAUAGCUUUUCGGCCAAAAGGCAAGAAAGGGCCAAUUCCAGCAUUAAGCUAGUUCCUAGUGAGUCACUAGCGUGUGUGUGUGUACACCGAGCAGUGCGUGUGCUCGUUACGCUCGGAUGACACGUUGCGAGUGUUGGUGCACUACUCGGUGUUGUGACGGUGACGUUCUCGGCACGGCCCAAUUGGCUGGCACAAACAACAACAAACUGGAAAUGAGUUGUACAGUGGCAGGGGUGCAAACGGAACGGUGAUUAUCUGCGAGGUGUAGUAGCGUGCACGAGUGCUAAAAAAAGCGAUCUUUGACAGAGUGGUUCACAUCACACAAUACUCCGCCAGAAGCUCCCGUUUGUCUGCGGUGCCGCGUAAGUGGAUACGAAAAAAGUGAAUGUACUGCCCGGCCGCAAGGAACGUCGGUGUGGCGUAUCGAUAGCGCCGCCACACGCUACUGCUGCUUACCAAAGUGUCGGGCGCCCGGGAUUCCGCUGGUGCCGCUGUAGACCUCGUGUAGAGUUUUGAGGAUCAAGGAGCAAGGUCCCGUAAAAACCGCAAACGACGGGGGCAGCAUGCGGGGCAGCAUCGCCGGGAUCGAGGACGGCAUCAUCGGCACCGCCCAGUUCCGGCCGAGCUACCAUGGGUUGCUGCUCGAGCUGAUCGACUACCUGUACGCCUCGCUGGUGGUGGCCCCGCUCGUGGUCUGCUACUGGCGGGGGACCUGGAACCUGAUGGGCGAGUACAUCUACCCGUCCGAUCUGACCACCAGCCUGGUAGUGUCGCUCGCCAUCGGCAUCGUGGGCCAUAUCGUGUUCAACAUCUUCCAGGCGACGCUGCGCCAAUAUCUGAACGCAGACCGGCACCGGAUAGCGUACUAUCUCGGGUCACGCCUGUACACGGUCAUUUACGGUGUGGUGUGCGUUAAUGGGUGGCGCGGUGGCUGGCAGCUGAUCGACCUGUACACGACGCAUGACGUGCUGUACGUGGUGCUGAUCACGCUCGGCUGUCUGUUCAUCCUGGCCUGUCUUAAGGGCGUGCGGAACGUGAUGGGGACGCCGUUCCUCAUCAUCAACGACUCGCGCCGGGAGUACUUUGACGUCCCGACGUACUUCAAGCUAACGGGCUCCAAAGACCCCGGCCUCUACGUACUGGACUGCAUGUUUAGCGUGCUGGUCAUCGGCUCGCUCGUAGUAUUCGUUUGGCGUGGCCUCUGGGUACUGCUCGAUCUGAAGCUCUUCCCCGAGGAUCAUGGUACAUCGGCGUGGGCAUCAAUAAUCAUCGGCUAUGGUGUUACUGGGGUGACCUUCUCGCUGCAGCCGCUCAUGCGAUGGACCUGUGACCGGUUGACCGGCUUCUGGCGCGUCGUUGUCGCCGAUCUGUUCCUAUUCUUCAGCUUCAUUGGCACAAUCAACGUGUGGCGAGGUAUCUGGCAGGCGCUCGAUACAUACUUUCUGCCGGACGAUCCUCUCCUUAGCAACUGGAUAACGCACGGUGCCGCCCUGCUGCUGCUGAUCCUGCUGAACUGCUCCAACUCGGUGCUGGUGCGGGGCGUUUACAUCGACGCGGAAGAACCGGCCGGCCAGUGCGUUGUCUUCCCGGUCUACUACAUUAGGCUGUUCUUCCAGAAGGAGCGCAAGAAGAAGCAGCGCCGCCUGUUCGAUGCGCUCGAGCGGGCUGAUCUUAACAGCACCGGUGGUGUGCUGCAGGACAAGAAGCACCUCCACAGCCUGCAAACGUCAGCACAGCAGCCCGCCCAGCAGAAGGAGCAGCAGAAGGAGGCGCACCAGCACCAUAUCGCGGCCGAUCAGAACCAUCAGGUGAUCCGCAACCUGGAAGCCGUACCCCUUACCAUUAUAGACGAUCCAAAGAGCAACGGUGAUCACAGUAGUCAGCCGACUAGAAAGUAAGCCGUUAGGAAGCAGCACUGAGGGUUAGCUCAGUAGCUUCGGGCUAUUGUAGCACAACCGCAGUAGAGCCAACAGGCGUUGAGACAUUCCUCCAUUCCCCAUUUUUGGUAGUGCGCCGGAACAUUCCACUAUCCCUCGAUAGACAUAUAAUCCACGUGAAGUAUUCAAACUGCUUAGAAGCACGGUAACAGUAUUUGUGCUUUCAAAAAACGUUGAACGAAAAAAAAACUAUAACAAUCCAACAGAAACGAAACUAAAGCCACCAAAUUAAAUCCAUGUAGUGUGUUUGUUAUUCGUAUAGGUCCCCUCUUUCCUUAACAAAACAUUAAAGUCUCUUGGCAACGUAGCAGUAUACUUGAAAACUGAUGAUGUAUGUUUGUAGCCGUGUAAGUGACCAUUAGUCGUAUUAGGAUGUUUUAUUAAUAUUUUCUUUUAGAUUUGUGUUACUAUCGUUUUUUUUUUAUCGUAAUCAAUUAAGGACUCAUACUCGCUAGGCCGGGCGUUAUUGUAGUACGUGCGCGCUAAAGAAGGAAAACAAAAAAAAACCCAAAAGUUGCGAUCGUGUGGUUGCGCUGCUGCGUCGUGUUUUGCGUGUGUUAGCGAAUGAAAAGAGAAGACAAAGCCGGGGCAACAGCGAUGCUCCUAUAAUUUAUAAAUGGCAGUAAAACAACAAAAAAUAUGCAUAAUUCGUUUUGUAAAUAUAUACCAGAAUCGAAAUCGUCAUCCACAAAUCGCA